AUGCUGGGGUGUGAGGGCGGGGCCAAGCUGCGCCACAGUUUGACGGUGGCCUCGGGAUUCGUUGAAAACCUGUGUUUCUCGGGGAUAGCGUACGGCUGGGCGUCGCUGGUGUUCAUCCUUAAAAACGACGGCUACUUCAGUGACCUCUGUGACAUCACUGCCAACGCCACUGCUCUCUCAGACUGUAGUGGCCAGGAUGAACAGUUCUCUCUGGUCUUCACCGUCGCCUCCUUCUCCAUGAACUUCCUGCGUUUCCCUCUGGGCUUCCUGUUCGACCGCUUCGGCACAAUGGCGACCAGGCUCCUGGCCACAUGUCUAUACACCACGGGGACCUUGUUGAUCACUGGCUCCAGUCCAGAGCAGUCAGCGUUGCUGUUUCCUGCCAUCUCGUGCCUGAUCACAUCUGGAAUGUUGUUCUACACCACCAAUGCUCAGGUGGGGAACCUGUUCGACAGCCACCGUUCCACGGUCAUAUCGGUCUACGCCGGGGCCUUCGACUCCUCCGCCGCUGUCUUCCUCAUCAUCAAGUUUUUGUAUGAAAGAGGGGUCUCUUUCCACUCCUCCUUCCUCGUUCUCUCCGUCUGCAGCGUCAUCCACGUCUUCCGGACAUUCUUCCUCAUGCCCAAGACCCACAUCCCCUACCCACUCCCCGACAGAUACGCUUACGGGGUGAGCUGCGGUGGCCGGCUUACCAGUUUUAGGAGUUGUGUCCUGUCCUGGUUCUUCCUAUGGCACCUGGUCUGGGUGGCUGUCAUGCAGUUCUGUCACUUCCUGUUCAUCGCCACGGUGAACCCCAUGCUCAACCGGCUGGCCAACAGAGACCAGACCCUGGUGAGUCAGUACACCAAUGCCUUUGCCUUCACCCAGCUCUGUGGGGUCCUCUGUGGUCCCUGGAACGGCCUCAUCAUGGACAGACACAAGGGGAAGCCACUGGCUCCAGGAGAGACGAAGCAAGAAGCCGACCUGCGCUCCUCUUCUCUCUCCCUCUUCCUCACCUCCCUCCAGUGCCUCCUCUUCUACGUCUGCUUCUCUUCUCCUCUCCUUCCUCUCCAGUACCUCACCUUCAUCCUGCAAGUCCUCAACAGUGCCUUCAUCUAUGGGGGACACCAAGCCUUCCUCACCAUCGCGUUUCCCGGCUGCCAUUUUGGUAAGUUGUCUGGUCUGAUAACAUCUCUGUCAGCUGUGGUUCUGCUGCUCCAGUUCCCUGUUCUACACCUCAUCAGAGAGUUCCUGCAUGGAGACCCUAUCUAUGUGAACGUGGGUCUGACCCUCCUCACCCUCCUCACCUUCAUCCACCCCCUCCACGUCCACCUCCACUGCCGCUCUCUAGCCAAUCAGAGGAGGGCUAAACAGGAAGUGGCAAACUCGGGGUCAAAGGUCACGUGCAACAGGCUGGUGGGGAUGUGA